AUGGCAGAAGCAGUGCUCCUUGCUGUCACUAAGAUUGGUUCUGCUCUAGGGGAUGGACCCGCCAAUGCCCUUAUAAAUAAGCUGUCUGAAAAAGUUCAAGCUCUGAAGGAACUUCCAUGGAAAGUGGGUCAAAUAAAGAUGAAACUGAUAUUCAUGGGCAAAAUUAUACAGCAGAUUGGCACAGUCUACCUUACAGAUGAGCUUGUCAAGAGUUGGAUUGGGGAGGUCCGGAAGGUGGCCUACCGUGUUGAGGAUGUAGUAGACAAGUACUCAUACCAUCUUCUUCAACUAGAGGAAGAAGGGUUCCUGAAGAAGUAUUUCGUCAAGGAAGAGGAAGAAGGGUUCCUGAAGAAGUAUUUCGUCAAGGGUACACACUAUGCCAUUGUUUUCAGUGACAUUGCUGAUGAGGUAGCUGCGAUAGAAGGGGAGAUCCAGCAAGUUAUUCAGAUGAAGGAGCAAUGGUUGCAGCCAUCCCAGCUUGUCCCUCACCCCGACCAACUCGCUGAGUUUGAAAGACAGCGUUCCCAAGAUAGCUUCCCAGAAUUUGUCAAAGAUGAAGAUCUAGUAGGAAUUGAAGAAAAUAGAAAAUUGCUGACUGGAUGGGUUUACUCAGAAGAGCAGGGAAGCACUGUGAUAACUGUUUCUGGUAUGGGUGGGCUGGGAAAAUCUACACUGGUUACAAAUAUUUAUGAACGUGAAAAAGUCAACUUCCCGGUACAUGCUUGGAUCGUUGUGUCACAGAUCUACACAGUCGAAUCUCUGCUGAGAAAGCUACUCUGGAAGAUUGGGCAUACGGAACCUCCAGUGCCAAGAGAGAUUGACAAAAUGGACGUACAUGACUUAAGGAAGCAAUAA